CUUGAUUGUAAUUGGGUUGUAUAAUAUCAUUAUCUCUCUUUCAAGAUUCGUACUUCCUCAAUGUUGAAUUUUAAGUGUGGCAAAUCGCUAUCGUCAGCUAUCGCCGAAAUUAGGUGGGUGAACUUAUAUCUAGUGCGGGUUGUGAGUUGGGGCAAGGGUCAGAUGGCGGACAGUGCGCCUGCGACGGCGGCUCAGCGGCAGAGAGUCGGCGCGCACCACCGCAUCGGCAUGCGUCGAGUCGCGCUGCUAGCCCUACCGCGGCCCGCGGCCGCUACCGCUGUCGUUGCCGCUUUUCUUCUGUUUGCGUUCUUUAUUUCAACAUCUGCCGCAGUGUCGGCACAACAGUACAUUGUGUGUAAAGAUUUUAAAUCCCACCGGUGUCUAAUUUUGAAAACUGAGUUCAAAAAAGAUGUUGGCGCCGCGAGAAAGCUUAAUUUGGAUCUUGACAACCGUUGCUUCUUCAGUAGCUCGAAGCCGCAUCCAGGAAAGGGGAGGAAUAUUACGGUUACCUCUCUUGGUGACAAAUCUAAGAGGAAUAUAUUCUGUAAGUCCCUUAACACGGUGAAUGUACGGGCAAUAAAUGAGACUACACUAGAAAAGAUUUUGGAAGGGUUCUAUCGUGUGCGUCGCGAUGCGUCUUACUCUCCUCGCGGUCGAUACAGGGGGCAGACUCAGUCGCAAUAUUUAGCCAUAGACCGUGGAACUGGCAAAGAUGAAGGGAAAGCUGAAGCUCAUUCCGCUGCCGAUUCAUCUAGAGCCACCGUUACUGGCAACAGCGGCAUGGGACAAGCCCAGAGUCAGUCAAUGUAUGACCCGAACUGUGACGACUGUCUAGGUCGAUCUGAUUUAGGAGCAGAAAGCUUAAAACGCCCACCAGGUGCAAUAUCGCAUCAAGGCGGUUUACCAGGAAGUAAUGGUUAUUCAAAUGUACCGGGUGUAAUUGGUGGUGUUGAUGGUCCUGGUCAGUUAAACGAUAACAAAAAUGGAGGCUACGCAGAUCCUAACCAGCGAGGGCAAGCUGGAAAUGAUUACGGUGGUCGUUUUGGCCAACCUGGUGUCAACGGCGUUUAUGGACCAGGUAGGGACGGGACUCAAGGAGGUACACAGUUUUCCGUUCCAUCGCAAGUUGGAAAAAAUGGAGCGACCGGACCCAACGGAAUGAGCCCUCCAUACAAUUAUAACCAGUACGGAGGGCCUAAUGGUGAUAAUAAAGGCGGACAAGGAGGCACCAAUAACAUGGGUGCUUAUCCGGGAAAUCAAGGAAAUGGAUACAAUUUAGGCCCAGGUGGAACUAACGCAGGCGGUAACGUACCGGGAAAUCAAGGAAGUGGAUAUAAUCUAGGCCCAGGGGGAACUAACGGAGGUGGUAACGUACCGGGAAAUCAAGGAAGUGGAUACAAUUUAAGCCCAGGUGGAACCCACGGCGGUGGUAACGUACCGGGAAGUCAAGGAAAUGGAUACAAUUUAGGCCCAGGUGGAACUAACGCAGGCGGUAACGUACCGGGAAGUGGAUACAAUUUAGGCCCAGGUGGAACCCACGGAGGUGGUAACGUACCGGGAAGUCAAGGAAAUGGAUACAAUUUAGGCCCAGGUGGAACUAACGCAGGCGGUAACGUACCGGGAAGUGGAUACAAUUUAGGCCCAGGUGGAACCCACGGAGGUGGUAACGUACCGGGAAGUCAAGGAAAUGGAUACAAUAUAGGCCCAGGUGGAACCCACGGAGGUGGUAACGUACCGGGAAGUCAAGGAAAUGGAUACAAUUUAGGCCCAGGUGGAACCCACGGAGGUGGUAACGUACCGGGGAGUCAAGGAAAUGGAUACAAUAUAGGCCCAGGUGGAACCCACGGAGGUGGUAACGUACCGGGAAGUCAAGGAAAUGGAUACAAUUUAGGCCCGGGUGGAACCCACGGAGGUGGUAAAGUACCAGGAAAUCAAGGAAAUGGAUACAAUUUAGGCCCAGGUGGAACUAGCGCAGGCGGUAACGUACCGGGAAAUCAAGGAAGUGGAUAUAAUCUAGGCCCAGGGGGAACUAACGGAGGUGGUAACUUACCGGGAAAUCAAGGAAGUGGAUACAAUUUAGGUCCAGGUGGAACCCACGGAGGUGGUAACGUACCGGGAAGUCAAGGAAAUGGAUACAAUUUAGGCCCAGGUGGAACCCACGGAGGUGGUAACGUACCGGGAAAUCAAGGAAAUGGAUACAAUUUAGGACCCGGUGGAACUAACGCAGGCGGUAACGUACCGGGAAGUCAAGGAAAUGGAUAUAAUCCAAGCCCAGGGGGAACGACUGGUGGCGGCAAUAUGCCACCUGGUUCUCUAAGACAACCCCAAAAUGGAGGAGGGCAGUACGGUGAAAAUAGUAAUCCUGUAAGCACAGGAAUAUAUCCCAAUCAGGGUGGCAAUCAAUUCGGAUUUCCAGGUGGUUCAAAUUGGCCUAUAAUGUCAGGUUCAUUUAGAGGAGCUGAUGGUCUGAACUACUACUGCUGUGUAGCUAGUCCAACGAAUGGUUACAGGCCACCUGGAACGCUAGCAAACCAAAACGUUCCGGGCCAUACUGGCAGUUCAGACGCGGGCCAAUAUGGCCCUGGAGUUGGCGUCCAAGGUCCAGGAACAGGCACUAGUGGUAAAUAUGGUCCUGGAACAUCAGGUGGCCAGGGACCUGGAGGGCAAUUUGCUGCCGGAGGAGGAACAGGUGCGAAUUAUGGCCCCGGACAAUCAGGCGGUCAAGGCACAGGAGGGCAAUAUAGUCCUGGAAUUAGUGGUGGUCCCAUUACUGGGGUACAAUACGGCCCAGGUACAGUAGGAGGCCAGGGCCCUGGAGGACAAUACGCUCCCGGAGUUGGAGGCGGACCCGGCGGUUUGGGACAAUAUGGCCCGGGAACAGACGGUGGUCAAGCACCUGGAGGGCAAUAUGCGCCUGGUGUUGGAGGCGGGUCAGGCGGUGGAGGUGGAACCGUUCCUAGAGGACAAUAUAGUCCCGGAGUUGGUGGCGGCCCCGGUUCUGUAGGGCAAUUUGUCCCAGGAGUAAGUGGUUCAGGUACCGGAGGACAAUAUGUACCGGGAGGUGGAGGCGGAACUGGCUCUGGCUCUCAAUACGAUCCCGGAACAACUGGUGGUCCAGGUUCUGGAGGACAAUACGGACCUGGAGGUGGAGGCGGAAGCGGCCCUGGAGGUCAAUUUGGUCCUGGAACAACUGGCGGGCACGGCCCAGGAGGACAGUACGGCCCGGGAGUUGGAGAACAAUAUGGUCCUGGCGGCGUCGUAGGUGGAACUGGCCCCGGAGUCGGGGGCACAACUGGUCCUCGAGUACCCCUCGGUACUGGGGGACAAUACGGGCCGGGAACAGUGGGCGGCCAGGGACCCGGAGGACAAUAUACCCCCGGUGUUGUUGGAGGACCCGGUACUGGCGGGCAAUAUGGACAUGGCGUUGGGGCUGGAGUCGGACCUGGAGCGCAAUAUGGCCCUGGAGUUGGCGGCGGACCUGGUACUGGCGGGCAAUAUGGACAACAUGGCACUGGAGGUGGGAUCGGUCCUGAAGGACAAUAUGGCUCUGGAGGUGGAGGCGGGACCGGACCUGGGGCUACAGGAGGAUUAAGUCCUGGAGCUCAAUAUGGCCCUGGAGUUGGCGGCGGCCCUGGUACAGGCGGGCCAUUUGGAAAUGGCGUUGGUGGUGGGACUGGUCCUGGUGGACAAUAUGGCCCUGGAGGUGGAGGCGGUACUGGUCCUGGAGCUACAGGUGGAUCAGGUGUUGGAGGGCAAUAUGGCCCAGGAACUGGAACCGGACCCGGUACUGGCGGUCAAUAUGGUGGCCCUGGCGUUGGAGGUGUGGUCGGUCCUGGGGGGCAAUAUGGCCCUGGAGCCACAGGAGGACAAUAUGUUCCUGGGGCUAGUGGUGGACCUGGUACAGGCGGACUAUAUGGCCCCGGAGUAGGUGGUGGGACUGGUCCUGGAGCAACGGGUGGAGCAGGACCUGGAGGGCAAUAUGGCCCCGGAGUGGGUGGUGGUACCGGCCCUGGAGCAACGGGAGGAGCAGGUCCUGGAGGGCAAUAUAGCCCCGGAGUUGGAGGUGGAACCGGUCCUGGAGCAACGGGUGGAGCAGGUCCUGGAGGGCAAUAUGGCCCCGGACUUGGUGGUGGUAGCGGCCCUGGAGCAACGGGAGGAGCAGGUCCUGGAGGACAAUAUGGCCCCGGAGUUGGAGGUGGAACCGGUCCUGGAACAACGGGAGGAGCAGGUCCUGGAGGGAUAUAUGGCCCCGGAGUUGGAGGUGCAACCGGUCCUGGAGUAACGGGAGGAGCAGGUCCUGGAGGGCAAUAUGGCCCUGGAGUUGGAGGACAGUAUCCUGGCGGAGUAGGCGGGCCCAGUACUGGGGGCCAGGGACCUGGAGGACAGUUUGGUCCAAAUCAAGGAAUUGGGGCACAGUAUCCGAAUGGAUACAAUCCCUAUGGUGAACAAAUGGGUCCGGGAGGAACGGAUAAUUUAGCGGUGAGUCUAAGCAGUAGUUUUUACUUAUGUAAACCAUGUUAUACAAUUCUAGGUGUACCCCAAAAUGUCAUAGAUCCUAAUUCAAUUGCCGAUGGCGAUGACUCUGAAGCUGAAGCAAGUGUAAACCAAGCUGCUAAUGGAACAGUGGCCUCGGCAUCAUCUAAAGGCGGAAAUGACAAAGGUCGUGCUCAAACUCAUGUGCACGGAACAUACACCGGUAGUGGAUCAUUUUCAGCGCAGGCUGAAAUCACUGGUGAAAACAAAGCAGCAAACAGCGAGGUAACUGGAGACAAAAAAGGCGCGUCUAGUACCGCUCAAGGCAGUGGAAGAAACAACAAAUCGCAAGCUAAUGUUAAACUGGGCUCAGAGACUGGAUCAGUUUUAACAGGAUCACAGAGUGAAGGAACCCUACACUCGUCCAAUUCACAAGUACAAGGCAGUGUCAAAGGAGGUAUGGCUGAUGCACAAGCCCGGGGACCUGGGAGCACUUCUUCCCAAGCUCAAAUAGGCUUUACACCUUAUAAAGAAGGGGAUAAAUCACAUGAUUCACAGAAAACUCCAUUUGUUGGUGGUGGCGUUGCUUCAGCUCAGUCUAGCGGCCGAACCGGUAUGUCACAGUCCCAACUACACGGCACAUUUAAAUAUGGAAUAACAUACAAUGGCGCUGCGCAGGCUGGAGCCAGUUUAGACAAAGAUGCAGUAUUCCCUAAUAGAUUAUCUUUUGACAAAAUCGAUGUUUAUGAUGAAAACAAUAAAAAUGUAAAUGUUGAAGAAGAUAAUAAUUACACUACGGAAAAAUUUAAUGAUUUCCCCGCACUAUCUCAAACGGAAUCCCCAACGACUGAGGUCCCAUUCGAAGCUGACGUUGUGACAGAAUUAAACAAAGACGAAACAAUUGACGUUCCGUACGGUAUUCAUAAGCAUUCUGAUCAUCAUACAGAAGCAAACGAUCCAUCAUUAGUUCCAACUCGUUCUCCACCUGUAGAAAGUAGGCGGUCAUUCCAAACCACAUACAACAACAAUAACGAAGAAUACGAAUACGCGACAGACAAAGAUGAUAACCCACCUGAUGAUUAUGACGUUGACGAUGGCUUUGGACCUGAAGGAAAUGAUCCAACUGAAACCGAGCAAGGCUAUAUUAAUUCGAACUAUCAUGAAUUCUCGCGCGAUUCUGAAGCAACCCACCAGUCCCUUCAGAGCCAAAAACGGAAGGGCCUGGAAGUAAGGCAGACCACUGGUGGCAAUACACAACAUAUUGUAUUAGGUUCAUUGACAGACCACGAUGCAGAGAUAACCCAAAGAAAUUCUGAACGCCCGGAUGAAAGUAAAAUCUAUCAACCUGGAGAACGAGUACCUGGUACAGGUGGCUAUACAAUUCCAAUAGGAUUUACUGGCAGUGUUAAAUCCGUUGCGUCUAAAGAUAAAACAUAUGUUGUGGGCUCUAAGGAAUCACCUUCGCAAGCUCAAACCGUAUCGCUUACACCGGGAAGUGGUAGAGUGAAAUAUAAAUAUCCCACGUACGGUAGAAACGUAAACCCUAAAAAUUUAAGAUCUCUGUAUAAUGCUAAACCCGAUGACAAUAAUAGGUAUGUGUCAGUAUCCAAGUCGGUCACGCGAGCCCUCGAUGGUGAAAAUAAUAUCCGAAAACAAUACUCACACACUUAUUUCACAAAAUCCUCAUCUUGUGGUUAUUUUACAUUUACAUGCACUAUGGUUAGCAGCGCAGAGGGAAAGAAGAAAGUCUGCAAACCCAAGAUGCCGACUAAUCCGGAUGGAACGCCCAUGAGGUGUAAUUAGUCAUGAUAACGAAAAUCUGUUAAAUACUUUCAUUUGUAAACUAAUAGUUAUAAUUGUACAGAAAAUGAUUGUGUACGACGUUUCCCGAUUUCAGGCAUAAUCAAGUUUUUCCUAGAUUUAAAGACUGUUUUAUGCUUCGAGGAUAGAAAUUGAAUAUGAUGGUCUUUAGUUGUAAUCGGUUUAUGCUGGUAACAUGUGAAAUCAGUGUGGAGUUUAGUGGUAUUGUAUGGAUGUAACGAAUAUAGCAACUUAUACAUAAUACAUAAAUUAAUAUUAAUUUUUUAUAGUAUUGUACUUUGAUAAUUAAUAAUAGACUAAUGGAAAAUAAACCUGAUCAAAGUAUCGUA